AUGCGAUCAAUCAUCUGGGUCAACAAGCGCUUCAAAGCUGGACUAUCAUGGCUGGGAAUCUGCAGAAGUAUACCCCCAGGUACCAACAGUUGUUCGAAAGAGCUGGUAGAGAAGGACUUAACUGUGUUUGAGGAGAGGCGUUUGCAGGAUAUCCUACUGUGCAGAGUGCAUGCACCAAGCUACUCCAUAAAGGACAUGGACUUUGUGUCGCAGUGGAAAAUGAGGCUGAAAGAGGUGCUGGAGAAGAGGAAAAUGGACAGUACUUUGGAUAGAUUUUUGGACUUACACCGCAGUGAGCUUUCUGCUGAGUUCAGAGAAAAGGAAAGGUUUGAGACAAAGCUCCAGGAGAUUUGUCAUGGAGAGUCUGUAGACGUCUCUGCACUGGACUCAUUCCUGGACACAGAGCGGCAGCUUCGUACCACUUUGCUUCAGAAAAGGAACAGCCUUCUCAAGGCCGUCACAGAGGAACACAGUGGCUUGCUGAAAGAGCUGAGUCAGCAGGCUGCUCAGGUACAGGCUCUGUUAGAAGACGAGAAGAGUAAAAGGUACACUCUGCAACAUGGGCUUGAGGGAGCACCACUCAAAACAGAGAUGUCUCUCAUAGAAGACCAUCAGAACCUCCUAGUUCAGCUUCACACUGCUCAGAACCAUCUUGAGAUUCUGCACUUAGAGAAAGGGGAGCUGCAAAAGGCCCAGAUCAAAGCAGAGUAUCAAGUUUCUACUCAUAAAGAAGCCACUCAGCUGCUGCAGACAGAGCUGCAAGACACUUGUGCAAAGCUCCAGGAGAGGGAGCGCACCAUUGAAGAGCUCAGCACCCAACUACAACAGGCUGAGAGAAAUUCUGAUGUUGUGGAACUUGCAAAACUUAACAGUAAGAUCACCAAACUGGAAAAUGGAGCUCCAGUCAUCAUCAGAAAGUACAAGCACGAGAUUCAGACGCUGACAUCGCUUUUAGAUGGAAAGGAGACAUCGCUCAGAAAGCUGAAAGAAACCCUCCGAUCGCAGCAGCAGAAAGACGAUUUCUAUCUGGAAGGGGAGGCUCUUCAUGCCCGCCUGGUUCAGCCUAAAGGUGUGGUCCAGACUAGUGUGCUUGUGGAAAAGGGCAAACUUGAGGAGGAAGCAAGACAACGCAAACUGAGAAUCACUGAGCUGGAGAGCCUGGUCACCAGUCUGCAGGCUGAGGUUGGCAAGUGGAAGCACCGUGCCCUCAAGAUGAAGAGUGAGGCUGAGACCAAAUCCAAUAGGGAGCUACAGCCAGGCUUUGAAUGUAGCCCUCCAAAACGACCCCGAUGUGACUCUCCCAGGAAAAAUCUGCGCUCCCCUAGGAAGGCCCUGGAUUCUCCAGCUCUGGCGCUCCUCAACUCUCCUAAAAGCAGGUUCUUUGACGGUGGAAGCAGCUCUGAGUUUCUCGUUAGAAACUGUCCAAAGCAGUUCUUCGAUAACUCUUGCCUUGGGACACCUCCAGAAGUAUUUCAUUCUCCUGAGACUACAGAGGCAGAGCAUGUUGCAGAAAAUGGCGCAGAUGUAAAACAAGAUUGGCUCAAAUGGCCUAUGUCUCCAAAGGAGGAAGAGAUGUGCAAAAAAACAAUAGGACAUUGCUGCUAUUCUAGCAUGAAGUAA